UCGCGCCAAAUAGAGCUUUACUGAAGAAAUAUAAUAGCCAAGUUUUUACUAAAUCCAUGGAGCGAUCGGUAUGAUAUAAGUAGAUCCAUCUGAAGAUAAAAAGGAAAAAUUUCUGAAAAAUAAAAUCUGAUUUUUCACUCGGUUCAUUUCCAUUCGAAAUGUCCUGGCAUCCGGGGAGAGUGAGUAGGAUGAACUCUCCGAGAAGAAGAGGAACACUGCGAGGUGCAUUGAUGAACAUCAGUACAACGCCGAGAAUGGGGAGAGGUCCAGAUUCCUAUGGUAACCAGAUGUUCCUCCAUGAACAAUUCCUCACCCCCUCCCCAGACGAGGAAAUAAUCCAACGUCGCAGUUCACGACUCGGGAACAAAACACCUGCUGAUGUCACACAAAGGCUCGUGUUUGAUGACAAUGAGGUAGUUACUGACACGCCUCCGAAGACACCAAAGAUGUCGCCAAGGAAACGUCUCGUCCUCACCCCUACUAAAUCGAACCCCAACUCACCAGCUAAGUGUAUAGCAUGUACCCCUAAGAGACAGCGAAUGAUCAGAAAGAAGCGAGGCAUCCCCCUUACUACAGAACUGAGUGGACUGAGCAAAGAUCAGGUUGUCUUUCUUCUAGGCACCAUAGUCUCAAGUCACCCUGAAUUGGAGGAGGAAGUACGAGAUUUGCUGCCAGCUCCUGACUUGCGCCCUCUGGAGGAGAAUCUCCGCUAUCUCAGGAAAAACAUCUAUAAAGCUAUUCCAGAUAGGAAGUUUGGUUCAAUGUCUCGCGAUUCACCUAGUUUUAAACGUGUCAAAACUCACCUGGAAACCUUCAAAAGGACUUUAACAGACCAAGGAAAAGAACUACUACAUGCUCAACAGUGGGAAGCGAGUAUAGAUUACUCCCUGCUCGCUUGGAAAUAUGUCUCUGAACUACCAGACUGGGAUUAUGAAAGCCAUAAGCAGAUUAAGAUCCAAUGUUAUAAGAACAUGGCAGCUCAAUGUAUGUCAGCCUUGAAGAAAAGCACCCUAGAAAAGGAAUAUUAUCACUCAAUCAAACCUAAGAUAGAAUCAGCUUCUAAAAUAUAUGCAGAAAUAGGACUUUGUUUACCACAGAUUGAUAAGAUACUAGAAACCCUACAAUGAUAGCUGUAGACUGUACACAGUAACAAAUUAUGGCAGAAAAACAGUAAAACUUGUAAAGUGGAAC